AUGCGAGUGAACAGACCGAUCGAGAAUCAUUGUGCACUGGCGGGCAACAACGAAUGCGGGCCAGACUACCACAUUUCCCUUGGUGCCCUUUGGCUCGAUGACACCAUGCAUAAAGAACGCGUACUUGUACACCUAGCUCUGGGUAGCAAGCCAAGCUGCGUUUGCAAGUCAUUUCAAGAUUCCACGUUUCCUUCUGUUUCUGACUCGAAGUUUUUGGUGCUGACGAUGCUGAACGUUGUGAACCCUAGACAAUGUCUGAAGAAUUGUCAAAUUACUCCACUG